CGGACGUAUUCUUUUAUUAUACCACUGCCACCUGAUACAUUUUAUCAGAAGUGGUCACGAGAACCGAAUUUUUUUAAUAAAAAAAAAAGCGUUUGAGAAUAUAAGUUUAAAUAAAAAGCAAACAACGAAAAUGCAGAAGGACAACGAAGUAAUCAACGCCGAGAGGUACUCACUGCUGCAACUAAAAGCCUGGUGCACAGCAGUCGGUAUAAACGCAAGUGGCGCUAAGGCUUCGCUAGCUGCAAGGCUCAGUGAGUUGUCAGCGGAGGCACGCGGAAUGUGCCCAGGUGAAGGUGCUCCGGGCAACGAUGGAGCGAAAGGACGAAGUGGUCACACGCAGAAAAACAACGUCGAGGAUAAUGGCGCGCGCAAUAUUGGGAAUUGCGGCGAGGACAAUAUAAUGCGCAAUAAUGCAAAUAACGGCGAAGACAACGGUGCGUACAAUGUACAGAACAAUGGUGAGGGCAAUGGUGUGCGAAAUGUUCGAGAUGACGGCGAGGACAACGGAACGAAUAACGGUGAGAACAACGAGGCUAGCAGCAGGGCAAACAUAGACGACGGCGAGAACAACAACAUACAAAGGCGUACAAGAAGUGAGGCUAGAAACCGAGGUAGCAACGAUGAGGAUGUAGUGUACGUGCGAAACAACAUAGCGCGCGUGCACAGCGGUACUUUUGGGAACCGUAUACAAAACGCCGGUGACAUGAAUAACGGCGAAGCAAUGCGACAUUCAAACGACCGUGAUAAUGGCAACGUCGAAGUAGCGGCACUCAAACUCGAGCUCUUGAGAAAAGAAAUAGAAUUCCUCAAGCUUCAGAAGACGCUUCUAGAAAAAGAAAAUUCAAUGGCAAGUACAAGCAAAGGGAAAAGCGACGAUAUACCCUUCGAAACCCUUAAGGAAAUAAUUCCAAUUUAUGACGGCGGAGACGGUUUCAACGUUUGGUACAACCAAAUAUUGCGCUAUCGCGAAAUGUUUAAAAUUAGCGAUACCAUGUUGGGCGUCACUGUCCAUCUUAAAUUGAAAGGUGCUGCCCUGGCAUGGUACAACGCAAAAACAACGUUCCCUAAAAGUGUAGACGAAUUGCUUGGUGAAAUGAAAGCCGUUUUUGCGUCCGGAGAUAACAAACUCGAACGCCGGCGCAAGUUCGAGAAACGAUGCUGGGUACCGGAAGAAAGUUUUGCCAACUACUUUAACGAGAAAUGCAUACUAGGCAACGAUCUUAACCUAAGCGACGAAGAGUUAGCCGACUACCUGAUAGAAGGAAUACCCGAUAGACAGCUGCAAAACCAAGCGAGGUUACAAAACUUCACAUCAGCCAACGAAAUUGUUAAAGCUUUUCGCUCGAUUACGCUUCCGGAACGCCCGACGGAAAGACCACGUACCAGCCAACGGAUGAGAUGCUACAAUUGUAACUGCUCCGGCCACUACGCCAAAGAAUGCAGAAAGGCAAAACGUGAACCAGGAUCCUGCUUCGCUUGUGGAGCAAAAGGCCACUACGCUUCGGACUGCAAGGAGUACAAGAAAACAAAAAAUAAUUUCAAUGUUUAGUGGACUCGGGCAGUCCAGUUAGUUUGAUAAAAGAAGUUGUGGUACCAGCAGGAGUGCAGUUAGAACGAGUUACAGAAUCAUACCAUGGGUUGAAUAAAUCAGUUUUAAAUAUCCUCGGGAAAUUCAAAUGUACAAUCAAAGUUCUGAAUAAAGAUGUUUUAAUCGAACUCUUGGUGGUUCCAAAUGAAUGUAUUGGCUACUCAGUGUUGUUAGGUAGAGAUUUUAUAGA